GGAACGGAUCGAGAAGUCAGGUGCGCUUAGAGCCCGGAUCGACUACGACGACGCCGCCCAACAUCGACGGAAAAAUUUAACAGAUUUGCCACCGACGACGCCUCCACCGCCGCCCCCCCACCGACGACGACGACGUCCAACACCGAAGAUGCCGUCGCAGAGCCCGACCUCCCCGCCGCCGUCGUCGGCGCCGACCCCGGCCACGCCGCCGGAGUGCCGGUGAGCCGUGAGCAUCUUCCCUUCUUUUGAUCCUCCUGUCUUCACAGAAUACUAAAUUGACUUGUGCUUGCUUAUUUGUAUGCAUGUUGUGAUUCUGGAAGACAGCCAAGCGUAUUUUUGUUUACUUUAACCAUUAUUUGUUAGCACUGAAUGUAUGAUUCGUUACCUGCAAACAUCUCAAACUGCAUGCUAUUUUGAUAUCCAAUUUGUUGCUAAGCUAGACCUCAAUUUUGUCAUUUUGGUCCGUAUAUUUCUGUUAUUUACCUGUCAUAUAUGUUGGACAAUUUUCAUAGUUAUAUAAGAGGAUUGCUUUGUGGUCAUUCUCUCAGUCUAGAAAGGCACCUUUUUUUUUAUUUUGUGCAUGCAUAUUUAUGCUAAACAUAGUCUUCAUGAUUCUUUUACGAUUGUACUAUUUCUUCAACCAAUCCACUAAAUAAUCGUACCACAAUCUGACUCUAACAAUAAGUACUAAGGUCACCUCUAACAAUAGAAAUAGCAUACUAUCUCUAAAUAUUUUAAAAGAUAAUUCUCCAAUGGUCUAGCUCUUAGCAAAUAACUCAUAAUACAAAUGACCCCAUCAUUCAUCCUCAUUUGAUAUUAAAAUAUGUGCAAGAGACUAUCUCUUGAUUAAGAGAUAAUUUUUAUCUUUUUUUAUUAAAAAAUUAUAUAGUACAUCUUAUCUAAGAUUAGAUACCCAUUGGAGGAGUACUAAGAGUGUAUAGGAAACACAAUUACCAAGUCGUCAAAGACGAAGAGAGCAUUAAAGGCGGUGGUGGCUGCCGAACCUGUUUCUUCUUCCUCCUUGUAUCCUCCCUGCUUGUGGAGUCGGAGAGGAGGCACCCAGCCAGGCAGAGUGGGGAGCGGAUUGGGAUCGAGACGAGACGAGGAGAGGAGAUUUUUCCUUCCUUCCGCCUCCCUCUCCCUCUCCCUCUCCCUCUCGUCAACAGGAAUACGCCACGCCUAGGGUUCCUGCUGGCCAGGCCAGCUGCUUUCCCUUCCCAAUAGUAUGGAGGACGACGACGAUGACCAACGCUUGCUUCACAGUCUUGGCGUCACAUCCGCAGACAUCCACGACAUCGAAAGGAAAAUCAUAUCACAGGCAGGCAACCACCCACUUUCACACAUCAAUCUCUCCAUUGCAAUUGCCAGGCUCAUCUCUCUCUUAUUACUCAUCAAACUCCAUUGCAUUGCAUUGCAGGCAACUACUGAUCCUGCACAACCAACCAUCAGUCAACAGCCUCAUCUACAUCACAAGCUACGCUCUGUGCAACUCGAAAUUGACGCUGUAGCCUCCACCAUCAAAGGGUCUAAGCUCGCAGAACCCGGAAACAAACCACAGGAGGAUAAAGGCAAGGAUAUCGCUACUCAUGGAGGAGACCUCCAGCAGGCGCUCGCUGCUGAGCGUCUUACAAGCCUCAAGAAAGCUAAAGCACAGAUACAGAAACAGAUACUACAGUCGGAUACUUCUCCAUCCGGCUCAAAUCGGAAAGAUAAUAUGCUAGCCUUUCUGGUUGAAGAGGAGCCGAGGCGCAAAAAGCUACUAAAACCACCUGUAGGCCCUAAAAAGACCGUGAAACGCCGGCUGAAAACAGUCACCUAUGAUGAUGACAACGACUUUGAUGCUGUGCUUGAUGGAGCUUCUGCAGGAUUUAUGGAAACUGAAAGGGAAGAACUCAUUAGGAAGGGUUUGUUGACACCAUUUCACAAGUUGAAGGGCUUCGAGAAACGUGUUGAACUACAUGAACCUUCUCAGAGGCAAGAUGAUUCUGCAAGACAAACCGAAGAAGCGAUCAUGGAAGCUUCCAGGAUUGCUAGAGUUGCUCAGUCACUACAGCAGAUUGCGCAGAACCGCCCAGCAACCAAAUUGCUUGAUGCAGAGUCUUUACCUAAGCUGGAUGCGCCUGCUGCUCCAUUUCAGAGACUGGGAAGACCCCUGAAACGUCCUGUCUCCCCCAGUUCAGAUCAGCAGGAAAAGAAGAGACCAAGAAAUAAGACCAAGAGACCGCUGCCUGCCAAAAAAUGGAGGAAAGCAAACUCAAGGAAGUUGGAUGACAACGAUGUUGGAGAUGCAUCUGCAUCAGUUUCAGAGGAUGAUGAAGAUCAAGUUGCAGAAGGUUUUGACGAGUUACCUGAUGUUACUCUUGAAGGAGGUUUGAGAAUUCCUGGCACAAUUUACUCGCAGCUCUUUGACUACCAGAAAGUGGGAGUGCAGUGGCUAUGGGAGUUGCAUUGUCAAAGGGCUGGUGGGAUAAUUGGAGAUGAAAUGGGCCUAGGAAAGACUGUGCAGGUCUUAACGUUUCUUGGUUCCUUACAUAACAGUGGGCUCUACAAGCCUAGCAUUGUUGUUUGUCCUGUAACCCUUUUGCAACAGUGGCGAAGGGAGGCCAGUAGAUGGUAUCCAAAGUUCAAGGUGGAGAUCUUACAUGAUUCUGCAAACAGUUCAGCUAAAAAGAGCAAGAGGUAUAGUGAUUCUGACAGUGAAGCUUCCUGGGACAGUGAUCUGGAAGAAGAAGAGGUUGCACGUGCAAAACCUGCGAAGAAGUGGGAUGACUUGAUUUCACGCAUUGUGAAUUCAGGAUCAGGUUUGCUUCUGACCACAUAUGAGCAGUUAAGGAUCCUAGGGGAGAAGUUGCUUGAUAUAGAAUGGGGAUAUGCUGUAUUGGAUGAGGGUCACCGCAUAAGGAAUCCUAAUGCUGAGAUUACUCUUGUGUGCAAGCAAUUGCAGACUGUGCACAGGAUAAUUAUGACGGGUGCACCUAUUCAAAACAAACUUUCAGAGCUGUGGUCUCUCUUUGAUUUCGUGUUCCCUGGAAAACUAGGUGUCCUGCCUGUUUUUGAGGCUGAGUUUUCUGUUCCAAUUACUGUUGGUGGGUACGCUAAUGCAACACCAUUGCAAGUGUCCACAGCAUAUAGAUGUGCUGUUGUCCUCCGUGACUUGGUCAUGCCAUACCUUCUUAGAAGAAUGAAAGCUGAUGUCAAUGCACAGCUUCCCAAAAAGACAGAGCAUGUUCUUUUCUGUAGUCUAACACAUGAGCAACGUGCUACGUAUCGUGCAUUUCUUGCUAGUUCAGAGGUGGAACAAAUAUUUGAUGGGAACAGAAAUUCCCUUUACGGGAUAGAUGUCCUAAGGAAGAUAUGCAAUCAUCCUGAUCUACUUGAGCGAGAACAUGCUGCUCAGAAUCCUGACUAUGGGAAUCCUGAAAGAAGUGGAAAGAUGAAAGUGGUUGAGAAAGUCCUUACAGUAUGGAAAGAGCAAGGUCAUCGUGUUCUUCUUUUCACUCAGACACAACAAAUGCUUGACAUUAUAGAGAACUUCUUGACAGCUUGUGACUACCAAUACCGAAGAAUGGAUGGGCUUACACCUGCAAAGCAAAGAAUGGCACUUAUUGAUGAAUUCAAUAACACAGAUGAGAUUUUUAUUUUCAUUCUGACCACAAAAGUUGGUGGAUUGGGCACGAAUUUGACUGGUGCAAACCGGAUUAUCAUAUAUGAUCCUGACUGGAAUCCUUCGACAGACAUGCAGGCUAGAGAACGUGCAUGGCGAAUUGGGCAAACUAGAGAUGUGACUGUUUAUAGACUGAUCACGCGUGGAACAAUAGAGGAGAAAGUCUACCAUCGUCAGAUAUACAAGCAUUUCCUCACCAACAAAGUACUGAAAGACCCUCAGCAGAGGCGGUUUUUUAAAGCCAGAGACAUGAAGGAUUUGUUCACACUGCAAGAUGAUGACAGUAAUGGCUCAACUGAAACAUCAAAUAUUUUCAGCCAACUGUCUGAAGAUGUCAAUAUCGGGGUUCCAAGUGACAAGCAACAGGACCAUCAUUGUGAACCUUCUGCUACACCAACAAUCGCUGGGACUGAACCGAGCUCAUCCAGGCAUGAACAGGGGAAGGAAGAUCAUAGCUCUGACCAAGCAGAUGAGGAAUGCAACAUUUUGAAGAGCCUUUUUGACGCUCAAGGCAUUCAUAGUGCGAUCAAUCAUGAUGCCAUAAUGAAUGCUAACGAUGACCGGAAGUUGCGUCUAGAAGCAGAAGCUACACAAGUGGCACAGAGGGCAGCCGAAGCUUUACGACAAUCAAGAAUGCUCAGAAGUCGUGAAAGCUUUUCUGUUCCUACAUGGACUGGAAGAGCUGGUGCUGCUGGGGCGCCAUCCUCUGUCCGCAGGAAGUUUGGGUCAGCACUCAAUAGCCAGUUGAUUGGUUCUUCUCAGCCAUCAGAAACUUUGAAUAGGAGGGGCCAAAGUCUUCAGGUGGGUGCUCUAAAUGGCAAAGCACUGUCCUCAGCUGAGCUUCUGGCCAGGAUACGAGGAACCCGAGAGGGAGCGGCUUCAGAUGCACUAGAACAUCAGCUCAAUCUGGGAUCAGCUUCCAAUCACACAUCAAGUUCAUCAGAGAAUGGCCGUGCGUCAAGCUCUUCUACUAGGAGCACGAUCGUGCAGCCUGAAGUCCUAAUCCGCCAGUUGUGCACCUUCAUACAGCAGCAUGGAGGUUCAGCCAAUUCAACGAGUAUAACUGAACACUUCAAGAACCGGAUACUGUCCAAGGAUAUGCUGCUGUUUAAGAAUCUGCUGAAGGAAAUAGCAACCUUGCAAAGAGGUGCAGACGGUGCUACAUGGGUGCUGAAACCUGAGUAUCAGUAAUUUUAGCUGUAGCUGAUCAAAGCAAAGUUUUGGCUAGUUGUAGCAUACGACAUAAAUUAAAUUCAUUCAGAUUGGGUAAUGCGAAAAAUAUAGAGGGAAGUGCCUAUAAUGCCUUUUUGAAGCCUUUUGGCAUGGAAACUGAAUUCUUUUGUAGGGAAGAUAUAAAUAUGAAACAAAAACAUGCUCGGUGACAAGUUGUAAAUACAUGAAUACAAACAUGUGUCGCUGGAAGGCGUUUCUUGUGGAUC